ACUCGAGCUCAAUACAAUAUUCGAAAGCAACGAAGAAAGUGAAGGUGAAAGUGACGAGGAGUAUGAAGAGCAAGAAGAUAAAACAGACGAGCUGAGCAUCAAUGAGGAAUUUGCCAUUGAAUGA